AUGUCCGCCUACGGUACCAUCACCCUUCCCUCCCGUCCCAAUACCCUCCUCCCCACCACAUCCUGGCCCUGUAAAUCCACCUCCCCCUUCAAACACCUCACAGUCCACCACCUCACCCUCUCCGCUGCCACUACUCUCUCCUCCCCAUCGGCGACAGAUUCAAACAGCGACACCCUUCUAUCCUACACCCAUCGCAUCUUCGCACAAGUCCUCGAAGAUGGACGAACAUAUCCUCAAGAACUGGCAGAGGGGCAGACUUGGGAGAGUUAUACCCGCGAAGCAUUCGAGGCAUAUUUUUGGGCUGCGGAUGUGUUUGUUGCGAUCGGGAGUGAGGGUGACGAGGGUGCCGGUGAGGGCGGGGAAGGAGUGGAGGUCGAGUUGGAUGUUGAGAAGUUGAGGAAGGGACGGACAUGGCAGGAAUGCGUUGCUGGAUGGUACUACGUCAAGCCGAAUUAUCCUGGGCGGGCUUCGCAUAAUUGCAACGGUGGCUUCAUCGUUCCACCUGUUCAACGGCAGAAAGGCUACGCCAAAAUUCUCGCGAAAUCGUACCUGCACUACGCUCCUAAACUAGGUUAUCGGGCGAGCGUGUUCAACCUCGUAUACGUGAACAACAUGGGCAGCGUCAGAACCUGGGAUGCCCUAGGAUUCACUCGUGCAGGCCUCAUCCCCCGCGCAGGAAGACUACGUCGCGCGGACGGAAACGGCGAAGAAUGGGUCGACGCGAUCGUUUUCUACAAGAGCUUCGUAGCGGAUGAGGAAUGGGGCGCCGUCAACCGCGUUACUGCACCACAGUAA